AUGCAUCCCACGGUGCAGUCCGUCUUACUCAUUGCCUCGUUGGUGUGUCACAGCGUUCGAGCAGCACCGAAUGAUGGAAAGUAUAACCCGAGAAAGUACAGCGGGAGUGGAAAAUACGUGCACAAAGGAGAUGGAGACUACGUAGAUGACGUGCGCCGGUAUAGGUACGUGCAUUACGAUGAUGGCGAUCGAGGCCGGUACUUCCACGUGCAUAUCCCGUACGAUGGUGGCUAUGGAAACUACGAGGGUGGUCACGAACCCUAUCGUUUUCCACCCUACGAUCCUGCAGGCGAGUACGCUGAGAUCGUGAACAAAUACUCAUCGGAUCCGUACAGAGGGAACGCUUACGACAUCUCGAAGCCAUCGAUCUAUCUCGAAUCGGGAGUACCCUCAGUAUCUGAGUCCCACACCGCCUCGAGUGUCGUCGACGUCAGGCAAUCACUCCUGCCAGGACCAGGGACGGCUUAUUUGCCCGUUCGCUCCCCAGACGAGCUUCCAGACGUCCGGCAAUCGCUUCUUCCCGGUCCUGGCACGGCUUAUCUGCCCGUUUUGACCCCCCAAGAAGAGAAGCAGUUGGCGAGUGGAUUCUCAAACAGACAGCCCGGGAUCCUACCUCAUCCAAACAGCGUCGACAGACCAGAUCACUUCACGGCGACGACACCGAAACCAACGACGACGACGUCGACGACGACGCAACCGCCACCAGUGACGACGGCCGCUAAUAUACCCACCCUGGCCGGUGAUCAGAAGGUGGACCACCUCCAGCAACCCUGCCUGGCCACCAGCGGCCCACUGCGGCUCACAUCGAGCGGUGCGAGAUGAUCCACUUUGCGUGCCGAUAAGCAAACAGCGCUGUGUGUCGAAAGCCAGUCUCUCACGCCGUGCUCAU